AGACUAGAAUAUAUUUCUUGCUUAUGAGCGUAUUGAUUUAAUGGUUUCAACUUUCAAGUUUAGGUUGCAUAUAAUUUAGACUGUGUUCUCUCGACAUAAAACCAAAUGCUCAGCUUUUUCAAAGGGAAACAACUCUUCCUAUUACGGACAGAAUAUAUUAGACAUCAUAUAUUUAGCCUAUUUCAUUAUUGGCAUAUCUUUAUUCUUGGAAUGUAUUUUAUUUCUUUCCUUUCCUAGUUUAUUUGCUUGUUUAGCAACGUAUGCUACUGCUAUAUAUGUAGGCCUUGUACUUCUUUUCAUACACAUGAUAUAGACAGAUACAUUACAUUAUUAUAUUCUUUCGUCUUCAGCCAUUCCUUCUUGGUAUCAGAGCCAAAUCGAUCCAUGGUGUGGGGCCCCUUAUGAAUCAUGAUGACACGAUUAUAAAAAAUGACAAUUACGACCGGAUGAAAAAAAUGGACCGAUGAAAAAAAAAUGAAUGAUGGCACGAUCCAGACGAAGUGUCUGGUCGUGAGGAGGGGUGUUAAAUGUCCCACACCGGAAAAAUUUGAAUGAACGAAGUGCUAUAUUAACACAUGGGCUACCCCCCCCUAAGAGAUAUGGCUUUCUGCAGUCAUAUGCAGAUUAUUCCUUGUUUACUCGGACUAAGGGUUCUAUUCAAUUGAAUGUUCUGGUCUAUGUGGACGAUUUAAUCAUCUCUGGAAAUGAUCAUGAGGCUAUUCUUCAUUUUAAAUCUUAUCUCAGUGAUUGCUUUCAUAUGAAGGAUCUGGGCACACUCCGCUACUUUCUUGGUAUUGAGGUUGCUAGGAACCCCUCCGGCUUAUUUCUUACCCAGCGCGCAAAUACACCUUGGAUAUAUUAUCCGAAACCGGACUUUUGGGCAGUAAACCAGCCAGUUUUCCCAUUGAACAAAAUCAUUCUCUUGCUACCGCUUCAGGCCCUCCUCUUGCAGAUCCUGAACCCUAUCGACGCCUUCUUGGCCGACUUAUUUAUUUUGCGGUGACUCGUCCGGACCUGACUUACUCUGUUCAUGUUCUUUCUCAAUUCAUGCAGGCACCUGGCCAAGCUCAUUGGGAUGCGGCCCUUCGUGUUGUGCGCUAUUUAAAGGGUUCUCCCGGACAGGGUAUUCUUUUGCGUUCUGAUAGCGAUCUCUCGCUUACAGGAUGGUGUGACUCCGAUUGGGCGACCUGUCCUCUUACCCGCCGCUCUUUGUCUGGUUGGUUGGUUUUUCUUGGUCACUCUCCCGUUUCCUGGAAAACUAAGAAACAAUCCACCGUCUCUCGUUCUUCUGCACAAUCCGAGUACCGGGCUAUGGCUGCCGCUACGUGUGAACUCAAAUGGCUCAAAGCUCUUCUUCUCAGUCUUGGUGUUAAUCAUACCAAGGCAAUUCCACUUUUUUGUGACAGUCAAUCCGCUUUACAUAUUGCUCGUAAUCCGGUGUUUCAUGAACGCACUAAACAUAUUGAGGUUGAUUGCCAUUUUGUUCGAGACGCUAUCAAGGAGAACCUUAUUGCCCCGAGUUAUGUUCCUACCACUGUUCAACUUGCUGAUAUUUUCACCAAGGCUCUUGGGAAGACACAGUUUCAAUUUCUUCUUCGCAAGUUGGGCAUCUUGAAUCCUCAUGCUCCAACUUGAGGGGGGUAUUACAGACAGAAUAUAUUAGACAUCAUAUAUUUAGCCUAUUUCAUUAUUGGCAUAUCUUUAUUCUUGGAAUGUAUUUUAUUUCUUUCCUUUCCUAGUUUAUGGGAAAAUGGAAACUAAUAAUCCAACCUUUUAGCGGUCUUCUUACAAUAAUCCAACCUUUUGGUUAUUCAUGAAUAAUCCAACCUUUGCGCCUCAUCUUCAUUCACUGGUCCCUGACCGGUUGAUGACCUGCUAUUCCAAGCUAUUUUCUUAUCUUUGCAAAUCAU